UGUGAUAGCGCAACGCGUUAGUUGCGCGUAAAGUAUCUAUACACACGUAACGCCUCGACUGUAUUCUUUUUUUAUUUAAAAAAUGUCCGAAAAACGCCUAAAAACCGCGUUUUUCUGCGCAAUUUUCGCUGUGAAUUUCAUCCUGGCAGCGGGUGAUAUUAGCUAUGAAAGUUCCGCGCAUCUCUGUGAACGUUGCAAGUGUCAAACGCGCGCGACCACGUUUAUCCUCGACUGCACCUCGCAACAGAUGACGAACACCCUCGCCAACUGGCCCGAGGACGCCAGCCCGCCGAACAUCACCCGCAUUGUCGCCCAUUUCAAUAAGAACGCGCUGGUGCGCUUGAAGCCGCUGCCGGAGACGAGCGCCGAGGUGACAGUCUACUACACGCACAACAGCAUCGAGCAGCUUGAUAGUGGCCUGUUCGCAAACUGCAUAAAUGUCACCUCGCUGGAUUUGAGUUAUAAUAAGAUUAAGAGCGAUGUGCUGAUAACGGAUGUUUUCCGAGGCCCAUACGAUGAUAAUCUCUACGAGCCUAUCGCCCUGCGCACGCUCAAUCUAGCGCACAACGAAUUGCACACGAUCGGGAAGAACGUUUUCGAGCAUUUGCUGGAGUUGAGGUCUUUGGAUUUGAGUGGCAAUCGGUUUCGAAUCAUCGAUCAAUUGACAUACCUCAGUUUCCAGAAACUACCAAAACUCGAGAAUUUAAACUUAGCGAGCAACCGAUUGAUCCACUUGAACAACACCGGUUUUAACGAGUUGAAAACUCUGCAUAUCUUGGACAUAUCCUAUAAUGACUUGAGUUUCAUCCCUUAUGUGGUCCAAGACGUGUCAAAAACUUUAAAAAUUCUACGGGUUGAUGGCAACCCGAUUGUAGAAAUCCGCGACGCCGAUUUUGUCGGUAUGGAUGUCCUGACGGAGCUCUACGCGUCGAAUCUUUCCCAACUGAAUGAAAUUAAACCCAACGCAUUUGGUGCGCUACCAAAUUUACAAAAAAUUGACCUCUCUGGCAUGCCAUCGAAUGUUAUACUCUCCGAUCAUGUCUUCAACACAUCUCUACGUGAAUUAAACAUGAGUAAUUCCGAUCUGGAGCUGAUCCCGAAGGAGUUCCUCGACUGGUCGCAGUUGACAACGCUCGACUUACGCGGCAAUCAGUUGUACUGCACGUGCGACCUGCAUAAUAUCACAGCGCAAUUGCAGGACGUCGUCAAACGCGACCGCGACGCUGCCUAUUGCUUCGAUUACAAGCGAUACAAACAAUAUAAGAUGUACAGUCUGACCGAAGAGAUUUGCUUCGAGCACGAUGAGUACUUGGGGACGUACUCCCACAUUGCAUCGACGGAGAGAAUCAUGCGUAUGGUGCUGCUCUCGACGAGCAUCUUGCUAAUUAUCUGCCUGUUCAUCGCCGCCUGGCUGGGAUACGUGAAGUGCUACCGGAAUCAGAGGAACUACGGUUUUGCUACUUCAGUCACAUACGCGCCUAUUAUUCCCAGAACGUAAACGUUCUUAACUUUCUUACUUUUAUUACAAGAUGUUAAUAUAGUUAAAAUUUCAGUAGGAAUGUUUUUUUUUUAUUCAGAAUAAAUUUCCAACUUUAAA